GAGACUUCACUCCUCGCACGAACUUUCAAUCUAUCCGUCCUCGCGACGCGCGCCAGGCCACAGCCGCAACACGCUACUAGCAGUUACGCGCCCCUCCUACCCCUAUCCCCCCACCUCUUCCUUCCACUUUCCCCACCUCUCAGGCCAAGCAAACGCACACCAGGCGAGGCAACGCAAAGAAGCAGGCAGGCAGCCAUGUCGUACUACGACCGGCGCGGGGAGUCGUCGGUGCUGGAGGCGUUCACGCUGUCGCCGCUGCCGUACCCGGUGAUCCUGAUCCUGAUGAUGGUGACGCUGCUGCUGGGGGCGUCGUGGUUCUUCUCGUACGAGGACUUCAUGGAGGAGGCGUCGGAGCAGUUCAGCUGGUUCCUGCUGGGCGUGCCCAUCGCGCUCGUCCUCCUCAUCCGCUGGAUCUCCUCCGUCGACACCUUCGAGGGCUACUUCGGGUUCUACCCCACCGAGAGCCGCUGGAGGGGGUACCCGGCCGCGCCCUCCGAGGGCAGCUCCCCCUGGGGCGUCGCCAUGGUCGUCGUCCUCCUGCUCCUCCUCGCCAGCUUCCACUCCACCUUCCAGGACAUGUGGAAGCCUUGAUGGAAUGAUCGAUGCUCCGAUCCAUACCUCGUAUGUACGUGUAUGUGUGUAUGUAUGUAAUUCCAUCGUAUCGAUCUGUAGUACACCUACGAAUGAUUGUUGCUUCCACCUUCCAGGCGGUUGCUGCACCUGCACGUAUGUGUGCCUUGCUUUUCCUCCUGUACUGUACAUAGAUGAAGGUUAUAUUCUGCUAGCUGCAAAACUAUAGAGCUUGAGUGUCACUCCUCUGUACUGGUUCUUGUUCUGUGUUUUACUGAAUCAACAGGUUUCUGUGGGAAAGUUUACUCUA